GGCAAGUCCACUCCUUUCUCCUUCACUUGACCUCCUCAGUGUUGCAGCAGCAGCUCUGGACUCACCUAAAUCCUCUCCAUCAAUCAAUCUGCUGCCGUCGCUUCUCUCCGGUCACUGAAAGAUUCCGUUGACCAGAUUCUUGAUUUCGGGUUUCCAAUUGCGACCAGUCCUUUGCAGAGGCAUUUGAACCGGACUGGAUGGACCAGUAUGUGAAAGUUGAAAAGAUAGGAGAAGGAACGUAUGGAGUGGUAUACAAGGCUCGUGAUCGUGUAACCAAUGAAACUAUAGCUCUGAAGAAAAUACGCUUGGAGCAGGAAGAUGAAGGUGUUCCAAGCACUGCAAUUAGAGAAAUUUCCCUCUUGAAAGAGAUGCAGCAUGGGAACAUUGUCAGGUUGCAGGAUGUGGUGCACAGUGAGAAGCGACUGUAUUUGGUUUUUGAGUAUCUGGACUUGGAUUUGAAGAAGCACAUGGAUUCUUGCCCUGAAUUUGCUAAGAAUCCUCGUCUGAUAAAACAAUUCCUUUAUCAAAUACUUCGUGGCAUUGCUUACUGCCAUUCUCACAGAGUUCUCCAUCGAGAUUUGAAACCUCAAAAUCUGCUUAUAGAUCGUCGUACCAAUGCACUAAAGCUUGCGGAUUUUGGAUUGGCCAGAGCAUUUGGUAUACCUGUUAGGACAUUUACACAUGAGGUGGUAACCCUCUGGUAUAGAGCACCAGAGAUUCUGCUCGGAUCUCGACAUUACUCAACUCCGGUCGAUGUGUGGUCAGUGGGAUGUAUAUUUGCUGAGAUGGUGAAUCAGCGGCCAUUGUUCCCUGGGGACUCUGAGAUUGAUGAACUAUUCAAGAUUUUCAGGGUCUUGGGAACUCCAAAUGAGGACACAUGGCCUGGGGUGACAUCUUUGCCUGACUUCAAGUCUGCCUUCCCAAAGUGGCCACCUAAGGACUUGGCAACUGUAGUUCCAACUCUUGAAACGGCUGGCAUUGACCUUCUUACUAAAAUGCUCUGCUUGGAUCCCAGCAAGAGAAUUACAGCUAGGAGUGCUCUUGAGCAUGAAUACUUCAAGGAUAUUGGUUUUGUACCCUAGUUCUGUUUCUCGUCAAUAAUAAUACAUAUUAUAUGUAUCAUCAAUGUAUAGCACUUGGUGGAUUUUGAUUGUGUGACAAACAUGCAUGUUCCCUGCUAUUCGCUCCUCCAGUUUUCUUUGGUGUCGAACUGAUCCAUUAUCUUGGAAUUGUCAAGCAUCUGCUGGGUCUUAUGCUCUAUAUAUGUCUUAUAAAUACAGGGGAGAUACAGAGGGAUGGGGAUUUUCGUUCUUUUCCAGUUUGCUUGUAAUGAACCCUAGAUAAAUUGUUGAAAUGCUUUUGAUCUAUUUGAUUCUUUAAGCUUUAUUAUCAUCUA